AUGGCUAAGGAAGUAGACUUAAAGAAAGUUGAGUUGAAGGUUUCUGUCAACUGCUGUGAUGGUUGCAAGAAGAAAGUAAAGAAGGCGUUACAAGGCAUUGAGGGUGUGUUAAAGACAGAAAUCGACCCUUUGCAGUCGAAAGUAACAGUCCUAGGGAAUGUGGAUUCAAAAGUUUUAAUCAAGAAGCUUCUGAAAGUUGGAAAACAAGCAGAAAUGUGGAAUUCCGGGAAUCAGAAUGCUGGAAAGGCAAAGAAAGAAGCAGAAGUGGCAGUGACAAAAACUGAGUGUCAAAAAGCCGAGUGCCUAGAUUCACAUGCCACAAUAACUGAUAAAACUAAGGAGAGUAUAGAUAGUGAGGAUGGAAACAAGAACAAAACAUUAAAGAAUGAUCAGAAGGAAAUGGAGAGUGCUGCAAAAAUUUCUAUUAUUGAUGUCAUUAAGAAUGAAAUUCCUCCGAAUCCUCAACCAUACACGAAUAGCACCGAUCAUCCAACCCUAAUAAAUGAUGGUGGCAAUGUCAAGACUCAGACUCAAUGUUUUUACAUGGUCGGGCCUUCUGCUGUCACCACCAUGCCCUAUUAUGUAAUACCUUCUAAUAUGGCUCCUUUCCCACCAACUUAUAAUGGUCAGGAAUUCUACAACUCAUACUCAAUAUCUCAACCACCAUUCCAGACACCAGCAACGGAAGUUGGGGAUUAUUUCAGCGAUGAUAAUACUGUGGGAUGCUCCGUGAUGUGA